UAUCAAAGGGUAUUGGGGUAUCUACUAGCCUUUCUCUCACUCCCGUAAAUGCUUGGCAUGCCCGUAACACUGCCUUUGUUGCCCACCUGGAAGCCUCGUUUGGAGACCCAGACCCCCGGGGUACCGCCCGUCGCCAACUCGUUGCCCUUAAGCAAGGCAAGGGGAACUUCGCCACCUAUUACUCGCAGUUUCUCCUUAUCGUGGCAUACCUGGACUACAACGAAGGAGCCAAGAUCGAUGCCCUGGCCGAAGGACUGUCGGAAGACCUGACGGACGCCAUGACAUACCGGACAGACAGGUCUAACACCGUUGAAGUCUAUGCCACCAUGUUGAUGACAAUUGAUAACCAGGUUCGGGGCCGCAAAGCUGAACAACGGGCCAUCCGGAAUACGAUGGGACAAUUCACCGCCCCCGCUGCUGUCGCACACCCAUCUCAUACCGCCGGAGGCCUCGCCCCAAUGGACCUCUCCGCUCUCCAAAGCCGCCACACUCAACGCCCUGCCAUCGAACAACGAUACACUUUUGUCAAUGGACAACACAAAACCUCUGCCGCCGAAAAACAAUGGCGAAGGGACAACAACCUCUGCAUGUACUGCGCUAACCCCGGUCAUGUCUUUGCCAACUGCCCCUCUGCCAAUCGCCCGCGCGGUAACCAACCGGUUAUGAGAGGCGCCCUCCUCGCACCCAGCCAUACGGCCGUCGACCCCGCUGCUCCGCCGGUCGCUA